AGCAGUGUUUUACGGUACGAAUACGUGCACCCCGCACGUUCUCGUCGUACACAAAAUGUCAUUGAGCAGAGAAAUUCUCGGAUUUUUUCACAAACGGCUCUUCGCUAAAAUCGAUCAUUUUUUGAAGAAAAAGAACAUCAUCGCCACAAAUCACCCGAACGCAUCCAUCUACGGUACGAGUACCGUCUCGCAGGAAAAAUCACACUGCUAGUACUAUUACUGCGGACGGCAAAGGUGAGCAACAAAAUCUCCCCGCAGCACAACAGGAGGAGUUGCAGAAAAAGAGAAUUACCAUGAAGAUUUCCGCGUUAUCGUUGACCGUCGCUCUAGGGUUGUUUAUUCCAUCCGAAGGAGGGUCCUUUUCUCGUGAUGUCAUGGGACUGAGAAAACCAUCGUCUGUGGAACCAGGACUGGACGACAAACUUCGUGCCAAAGCUAUUCCACUAGAAGAGUAUAAGAAAAACGUUAAUGCCAAAGGAUACCAACUAGGGGGUGAUGAUGGCGCUCGUAAACUGGCAAACGAUGGCAACGAUCAAGUCUAUGAGAACGAAGACGAUUAUUAUGUCAACGAAUACAACAUGGUAGACUUUACCGGGUACUCUUUCAAAUACGCAAAGUGUCAGCCGGUGCAACGCUUUUCUCAAGAUGCCAUCGAGGCCGGAGAAUACAGCCCGAUGGUGAUAAACGAUAUUGUUGUGUUGAGGCUUUGUGAUUCCAUGUAUUGUUCGGAUAACAGAGCCUACGGUUGCAGCAGCGACUUUGUUGAAUACGCGAUAGAAUUAACAGACUACGUUCGAAUCAUGCUCAGACACGAAAUGGAUAAGAAGGAGCAGCUUUGCAACUGGUGCGACUCUUGCCUCAACGGGAAGCAAGGCCGACGACGCGACUCAAUGCGCUACUACUACAGCUACGACGAAAACGGCAAUCUUGUUGUCAACGAGGAAUAUGUCGACGACGACGACUUUUGGUCAAACCUGGACUGCACGGAUUACCAGCAAUACUGUUACGACGACUAUGGAAACAGCGUAUGCGAGAACGAUGAUGACAAUUACAUGACUGCAGAGAAUUACUUGGACGUCAUCGACUGCUCCCAGGUGAACGGUGGUUACUUCCUCCGACCCCGGUGUGAUGCGUCUUCCAAUACCCUCUCUAUGGGAGUCUUCCAYGAUAAAUUCUGCACACACUACGCCGGAAACGAAGUCAGCAUUGAGUACUUUAACCUCGGAAUCAACCAAACGUACUUUGAUGAGUUUGGAGCAGAUGCCGGGUGUCAAGAUUGUUCCRUUAGCUACUACCCUCCGAACUUGAAAUCGAAUUCGAACCUGUGCAACCGACUGGACAUAGAGAGUGCGAGGUGCACUUCGGGUACGUCCAACGAGAUGCUGGUCCAGAACACUUCCUCGUCCUCCAAUGCGAUACAGUGUUCCUUCAUGGACGGUAUUCGAUACGGAACRUACGACGAAGAUGGCAACCUGUACGCCGGUAGCGUGUUYGGGAUSCGCAGGGUCACGACCGGCCAAAARUUUCUCCUGGGRUUGUCCAUGCUGAUCUGUGGCGCGCUGGCGGUGUAUUCUUGCUACCUCCACCACGCCAUUACGAAUCUUCUGAUCAAGUCGCUGAGCCACACCGACUUGUUGCCGCCGACAAAAUACCGGCGUCGUUCCAACRGCAGCGGAAACAAGAAGAGGGGCGUGAGACGAUUCCGAAGACCGACGAAGGGCCGCGACGACAAGGACGAGGAGAAGCCGACGAUSAAGAGCAACGAGGCCACGAUCGCAUAAGCGAGCCGACCAACAGAGCCGCUGCCCCACCGGAAUAGAAUCUAUUCGAUUGA